AUGACGGAAGAACCGGCGACUCAGAGCGAGAAUGAAACGGUGGCGAGCGAACUUGUGGAGGAGCCGGACACGGCCAUCGACACUGAUGUAACGGAGGACGCGACGACCGAGAGCGGUCAAAUAUCUCCCAGGUACAGGAGCACCGAUCACGAAAGCGAGACGAACGAAGAUACCGAGAAGAGACCUUGGACGGAGGACGAAGAGAAGGAUCGCGAAACGAAAUCAUACGCGGACUCGACGUUGGAUUUGGAAGUGAGCGCCGAGCAGAAGACGGCAACAUCCGACGUCGCGAAAUUACUGGAAGUCGUCGAGAAGAGACCUUCGCUUCGCGAGUAUUUUCCAUUCGGUGGCUUCCAGGUUGGGCAUCGAGCCAGGACGACCGUUGAACCAGGUCGACGCAGGAGGAUCUCAAUCUGGAGAAGCCUGAGAACUAGACAACCGGUUAGAAAUGGAGCUCUUAAGAAGACUAUAUUAUUUACAAAUUUGCGAUACUUUGGGCAGACGAGGACGAGGCUUCCGAAGAGCGAAAGAAGAAAUAACGUGUUUCGCGACCAGCUGGACGACGACGAGGAUGAGUUUCUGCGCCAGCAGAAGAGCGACUUUGCUAAUCGCAAGGAGUUAUGUUACGUACGCGUGCCGCCGCCGCGUCCGAAGUUGAAGUUGGAGAAGUCAGUAGAUCAUCGCGCCGCUGGCAAUCGUCCCGGUUUGGUAAACGGCGACUACGUCAUCGUGGAACUGAGGUCUCCACUGGAGAUCAAACGUAUCUACGCCAUUGUGGUGCUUCGCGGGAUGAGAGGUAUGCAUCUGUUGGAAAUGACGUCGCGAGAGCGCAGGAACACUUGGAAGUUCUGCUUCUACCAAGCGAUCGUGGCACUGCUGGCAAAAACUCAGCUUAGAUACAAGUACAUGUGGAGCGCUAAUAUCGAUUACAUCUACGAUCACGCCUGGAUGCUCUUUACUCACAUGGGCACGAUCAACGUGCAGCAGAGGCAGCGCCUGGACGACGUCGUCGUCUACAAUUACAGGUACAGCGUCGAGAUAGAGCUCGCCGACGCGAUGCCCGAUGUCGCGGUGGACUUCGCCGACACCAUGUUUACGGAGGACAACAUGACGGCGACGACGAAAACGUUAAGCAGGAAGGAUCCCUUGCAGGUCAGGGUAGAAAGACUCGGUUGUGAAAAGCAAACGGAUGCUGGUUACAUACCUGUGCAUAAGGACACGUCGAAGCUCGAGGAGUGGCUCGGCAAGGUGAUCGAGCGGCACAACGACUGCAUCCUCCGCACGAUCCGAUUCUCGCUGGCUUUCUGGCGGGACGGUCUCUUCUGGUACCUGUACAACCCGUAUCGGUGCGACGAGUACGGCUUCUGGAACGACGACGGUCACGCUUGCAUCGUCAAGUUUUGCACCGCGGACUCGUUACGGCGGCACCUGAUGAUCCUCAUGCUGAGAGGUCACGCGUACGAUCGGCUGCGCGACCGCAAUGACGAGCGAUAUGACAACCCGGACGAUUUUAUCAUCCAUCUCGAGGUUCAGAUUUACAACGUGACGUUUCACUGCUGUCAACUGGACAAUUUGAAGUUACUGCGGCGCAGCGAGCCCAGCAAGCAGCCGCGACGUACCAUCGACGCGCGUCCGUCCGAUUCGCUCGAAAUCGAGGAGGACGAGGAAGGCGAAAUCGCGAAGCUGGACGAGGACGAGGACGAGGCUGAUUCGAGAGAACCGAGAGAAAAAGCUGUGUGGCUGAAACGUUGUCGGGAGACGACCUGGGGCAAGUACGCGCCCGCGGACCGGAAGAGAAGACCAGACUGGGCCGAGGUCUGCGCCGGCGGUAAAGCGAGAUGGCACGAAUACUACGUGGAGGAGCGCAACCGACUGUUCUCCCUGUGGGGCGAGGUACACAUAACCGACGGCGUGUUCGACGAGGCGAAUCGCGGCAUGCAGGCGUACGCCUGCUACGUCGUGUGCGCCGGCAUGACGAGGCUCAUGGCGCCGGAGUAUUGGACCUCGAAGACCCUCGACACCAUCGUCGUGUGCGGCGAUCGUUACUACGCGCGCAGCAGGCACGAGGCCGAGCUUAGAUGCGUCAACGACGUCGCUGUACCGCCGGGAUCCACGCGCGCCAGGAUCGCGGUGACCCUCUCGCCCAAGUAUCUCACCGAUCGCUUCAAGAUCGGCGAGAUUCUGUUCGAGGCCCGGAUGCUGCCGGCCGUGCGUGGCAGAUUGUACGUCGAUUCGGACGAGUGCCUAUGGCGCACGCUCGAGCGGGUGUUCUCGAGCUACCACUUCGCCGUCCUGACGUGCGACAGCGUCUGCCUGGGGCUCUUCAAGUUCUGCGGCGCGUACUACGUGUGCGACGUCAACUCGUUUGGCCCGCCGCUCUUCCCGUACGGCCGCGGUGCCGCGUAUCUGCUGAGGGCCACGUUCUUCCGCAAAUUUGUGACGGUGCUGGUGCUGAUCGUCGGCUCGCCCGAGCGCAGCCGAUUCAGCCUGAAUCCCAUCGAGAUCCUGCGGAUUGUCGAGAUGGACGGCGCGCUCGAGUCCUGUGGCGCGAAGACGCGCGAGAGGAGACAUCGUUUCAAGAGAAUGCCGGGAAGAUUGCCUUGCACCCGACCAAUUGGCAAAGGGAAAGAGAAAUAAAGAAGUGAGAAACGUGACGAUCGAUAAUAAUCGAUGACUCGAUUGGAAGAUGUGCGAGAGACGAAAGAUUAACAGCGAGUUUUCUGAACGCCGUUUUAAAAAUAAAAUUUAUAGUUGAGCGUGAUUCAUAUCGGUGCAAUUAUUAUUCUGAUCGUCAGUUGACUCCCUUCGAGCUCUCUUGCAUCCGGAAAAGCGCCCCGAGCGGAAAGUUCUAAAUUUUACCGCGUUUCAAAAUUCCUAAACGAUCGACGAGCUUUAAUAUUUAUGCGUGGUGGAAUAUCGAAGCUCCGUAUAAACGUUUGUAUAAACAGAAUGUAUUUUCCACAACAGCGAAGCGAUUUCAAUAAGAAAAUAUUGUUGUAAAACCGGGUUGCACUUCAGCAAUAACAAUAGGCGAUAGUAGAGAAAGAGUGUCAUGGGAUUUAAAUUUCUCGCGAUCUAAAUGGACACCUCGCUGCGCACUUCUGCAUAUUGGGAGAAUUCCCAAUAAAGGUAUCGAAUUGAGGAAAAUCGAUUGCGUUCUCCUCCCUAUUUCUCUGUUUCUUUCUUUUUGAAUUAGAUUGAAAAAAAUCAAUUGCGAAAAAUUCAAGACUGAUAAAAUAAUACAAAUUCAAUAAAUUCUGUUCAAUUCAAUUUGAUCUAUACAUUGAUUAAAUUAUAACCGAAUAAUAAGUGAAAACGCGGUAAUGACAAAAUAACUAUUACAUAGUACGAACGAAAUUAUUUUUAUAAAUUAAUUUGAAUAACACAAUUUUAUCCUUAAUGUCGUUCAUAAAAUCAAAGUACAAAAUAAAAGGAGAUUCGCGGUAAUUCUGUUAACAUCGCGAAUAUUUGACCACGACACGUACAUGCAACACUAUACGCGUAUAUG